GGCCGCCGGGGGGCGGUGUGGGAGUGAGCGCGCGGGGCUGCUGGAGCUGCAGCGCGUGAGCAGCGCGGGAUUAAUAAUCUGAUCAGUAUUGAUUAGUAUCGGCGGGCUGGGGGUUAUUGAUCAGGCAUGGCGAAGUACAUGAGAGCGCAGAACAGCUCGCUGUUCAUCCGGAACAUCUCCGACGACUCCAGACCGGAGGACCUGCGGAGAGAGUUCGGUCGGUACGGUCCGAUUACAGACGUCUACAUUCCCCUGGACUUUCACUCCCGUCGCCCCCGGGGAUUCGCCUACGUCCAGUUUGAGGAUGUGCGGGAUGCUGAGGACGCCAUGCACAGCCUGGACAGGAAGUGGGUCUGCGGACGCCAGAUCGAGAUCCAGUUCGCACAGGGAGACCGAAAGACUCCAGGUCAGAUGAAGGCUAAAGAGCGCCACUCUCCCUCCUCCCGGCAUGAAGACGGCCGCCGCCGGCGCUCCCGCAGCCGCAGUUACGACCGGCGGGGCUCCCACAGUCCGUCCAGCAGGGGGCGCCACAGGAGGUCUCGCAGCCCCCGAGAGUCGAGGGGACGGCGGUACAGCAGGCGCAGCAGGAGUAGAGAUUAUGAACGACGCCGAUCGUCUCGGGAUCGCCACCGAUCUCGCCCAGACAGCCACAGUCGUUCGGCCUCCCCAUCUGAGCCCCGCCCCAAGCGGACCGACCGCCGGGAGUCGGGCGAGAACCGCUCCCGUGCCCACGCCCACUCGGGCUCCAGGUCCCCGAGUCCACCGGAGCAGGCAGAAUCUGCGGACACUCGACCGGACGCCCAGGACUCAGAAGCUCAGGAGACGCAGUCUCCAUCAAACGCUCACCCUCACACAAACUCCAACGCCCACUCUCCACCCCACCCACGCUCGCGUUCACGCUCUCGCUCAGCCUCUCGCUCGCUGUCCCGCUCAAGAUCGCGCUCCAGAUCCUGGGCCCGGCGACAGUCCUGAGGAACUCUGCCAGGUCUGAAGUAGCUGAUGCAUCUCUUUAAAGCGAUAGUUCUGUCAGAAUCCCCCCAGUUUUCCCUCACUGUAAUCCUUGCCUGAGGUAGUGGUGGAUCUGCUGAGGGGUGCUGGUUCGGUUUUACACUGCUGGAGCGACGAGGCUAAUAUGUAGCUAAUAACUCAUUAUAACCCUCCACCUCUUCAGUUUGCAUGGUACAGCAAUUGUGUAUUAUUCAGUGUCAUAAAACCACAAAAUAAAUUCCGUUAGAGAUCACUAAACACCUCCGUGCAGUGUGAUGCAGGUUACAUGGGGGUAACUGGGGGAAUCUGAGAAUUAGCGAACUAUCGUUUUAAGCGUCAAUGUGAACGUGGAGGUCGUGGGUUUCCUCCUGCUUUGUUGAAGCUCAGUAAGGCGGAGCUGGAGGUUAACUCUAUUUCCGUUUGUUAGAUAUGGUUUUGUUUGAAUAUUGUUUAGGUUGUUUUUUGUUUUCUUACAAGGAAUGGAUAAGGAAUACGUUUCAUUGCUUCUGGAAGUUACCUCUCCAACUGAGUGGGAGGAGCUGGAGUGAAAUAAAACGUAAUAAAAAGUAAAACCCUAAAACGUACUUCACGCAGGGACGCAAACGCCUAAAGCUAAACAGUGAAGAAUGUCACAAUGAAAUUUGUAAGGGGGAGCUGCAUUCUGAGGUUUGCCAAAAGGGGGCGCUAAAGCAAUGUUACUAUUUUAGUUCUUCUCUCAUGUACAUAACCUUCUUAUACAGUUUGUAAGCACUAUGAUUUAUGUGUCCUCUAUCGCCCCCUGGCUACUGAGUGUUUUAACCAUCGCAAUAAUGUACGAUUUUGUACACUGACGUACGGUUGCGUUCUCUUCCUCGCGUGAAGUUUGUUUUUUGGCGUAACUCUGAAAAUCAUGAAUGUCGUCCUGAUCUGAGCUGUAGGAGUAACACAUUUUGGUGUUUGUUUACUUUCUAUUUAUGUAGAGCUGCAGUUCAAAUGUGCAUGGAGUAACGUUUUUACGAUACGAUGUAAAAAAAAUCCUGAAUUAAAUUAGGAAACGAAAGCUGUUGCUGUGAACUUGUUCAUGUGUGUUCCAACGGAUUCCACGGACAACGGACAGAGCGAUGGAGUCAGGAGGUUUCCGAAAUGUGUGCGAAGGUCAGAGCGAGGAUUUUGGGGCGAAAUGUCUUAUUUUUACAUCGUAACCGUGUUGGGAUGGUUCUGAGAUUUCACUUUCUUACUGUAACUUUUCUAAUUUUGUUGUCGAAGCUCAGAUGAUGUUUUAUCUGUGAAUAAGAGCUUUUUACAUUGAUGCCGAGAAAUAAACGAAAGCGUUUUCAGAUA